AGGGACGAAGAUAUCUGAGUGUGUUUUGUUAGACCACAGUUCUCCCUAAUAUCCAGUCACAGCUGUGCUUGUCUCCUGCAGGUAGCUGUGACCUGUGGUUGAUAUUGAUUAAGUCUUCUUGUUUACAGUGUCUGGACUCCUCCGGGACGAUAGAAGGGUUAAUUGCUGCUAAAGCUUCUGCACAGGGGCAAUGACACUAAUGAGGGACUGCAAGGAUGCGGGAUGGGCUUGGAAAUGAUAUAAAAAAAAGAUAUCAAGGAUGACACUGCUAAUAUAUCGCAUGUUUUCAAGUAUUUUUCCCCUUCGAUAGUAGUUUCUUUUGAUUGACUCUGCAAGUUGUCUUCCUCCAUCAUCAGCAUGAGUUUCUCACCUCAAUCUGAUCCUCUGCUGCGCAGUAGUAUCCACGAGCAGAGAGAUCGCUGGGAGAGGAAACGCAACAGAACAGCCAAAGAGUUGGUGCAGACAGAACAACGUUACUGUCAGCAGCUAGAGCUGGUUGUCACUUACUUUGUGGAGAUUUUGAAGGCGAAAGCAACCCUGAAGCAGAACAUUAGCGAAAGCAUCUUCAGCUCAAUUAAAGCCAUUCAUUCUGUAAACCAAUCUCUUCUGGUCCACUUGGAGAAUGGCUACUAUGGCCGAGGCUUUGAUAUAUUCUGUCCCCAGUUAAAAGUCUACAACACAUAUGCCGACAACUUCUACCAUGCCAGGAAAGUCCUUGCGCUCCAGUUAAAGAAAAACAAGGCAUUCAGACGUUUUAAGAAGUUGCAGGAAUCCAGACCAGAGUUCAACCACCACAAGUUGGAGGAGUUACUUGAUCUUCCCAUCAAGCGGAUUGACCAGUAUUUGCACUUCCUCCAGGAUUUAGCUGCAAACACGAACCCGGACAACCCAGAGUUUCAACAGCUUUCUAGAGCUGUAACCGCGGUGGACGAAGUGUUUCAACGUAUCCAGGACAACACCCGGCGUCACGAAAACCACCUGCAGCUCUGUCGGGUGCAGAAGCUGCUGAAGGGGCGAAAGACGAAGGUGUUGGCUCCAGGAAGGUGGUACAUCCGCGAAGGCUGGCUGAAAGUGGUUCCAGCGAAAGGUGCUGAAGUCAAGCCGAAGAUGUUCUUCCUGUUUUCGGAUGUGCUGCUGCAGGCCAAACGCUGCAGCGCCUUGCAUCCCACCAACGGGGACAAGUUCACUGGCCAGCAGGCUUACCCUCUGAAAGAGUGCACUCUGGAAAAAGUGUUUGGCCACACCAAGAGCAAAGGAGGACUUCUCAGUCUCACUUUCCCCAAAGCCAAACUUCUGUUGAUGUCCAACAACCUGGAAGAUCUAAAUGACUGGCACCAAAGUCUGAGCUCUGCCAUCAGGAAGUUGCAGUCCAAGCAGACGGUGAUCCACCAAAGAGAGGAGUUCAGCCCACGAAGCUUUGAGUCAGCUCCCCAAAACCUGGACACGCCAACCUGCAGCAACAAUCCAAGCAGAAAGAGGAACAUGGUGAGUGUUGAGGCCAGUGUUGCUCCCCAGAGUGAGAGCAGCGCCCCAAAGAGGAUGAAGCCUGACGCCUCAGAGCCCAGCAGUUCUGAGGCGUCCACUUCCAGCUGCGUUAUCCUCUGAAGGAUCCUAAGUCUGGAGGAGAAUUUAGUCUUUCUGAGAGUUUCACUUCAGACUGACUUUCUUUUGCCAAAUCUCUUGCUUGUUUUCUUUUGUUUUAGUCCAUCACCUCUUCUUCUUCCUGUGCAAUACGUAUAUUUUAUCUUGCUGCUGCUUCAAAGACCAAAAAUGGGAUUUCUUUUUUAAUGUGAAUUAUUCAUGACAGUUGCAGGUAGCAUCUGUUAACUAGGGAGUUUUAGUGCCAGUCAUUAGCCUCAUUUAUUUAUUUAGUUGCAAAAACAAUUAGCAAUUAGCUAUUAGGACUUUUAGACAGGAAUUGUAGUUUUGAUAUUAUAAUUUUGAUAUUUUUGGGCCUAAAAAAUAAAUUACAAAAUAUUUUAAUUAAAUUCGUAGCAUUCAGCGUGUGCCACAA